CUGUAACAAGAAAUUUAAAAGUCAAGAAGCCCUUUGGCGCAAAUGGCAUUUCUCCACUCGGCAUUCGAUGUCAAAUACAACCAAAGCUACGCCCCAGCGUUAUACCAAACCGAACCUCCCUAAACCCGACAGAUCGCCGCACCUCCCCGCCGGUCCAUCGCCGGAUCCGCUGCUCCAAGAUGGCGCUUUCGUUUUCCCCGUUUCCGGGUCCUCCGGGAUCGAAGCUACACCGCCGGGCGACAACCGGCAGCCUAACUCCUCUGCAGCUAAUGCAGCGGCGGAAUCUUCUCGAUCGCGGACGAGAGUGUCGGAGACGAGCUGGUUGCCGCCGGGGUGGUUGGUGGAAGACAGGGUCAGAAGUUCGGGUGCGACGGCUGGGACGAUAGAUAAGAUUGAAAUGGUGAGGCUAAGCUUUGAAGGGCUUACUGAAAAUUCUAAUGAAAUCAUGACAAAACGUUACCUGGCUGGUCUCCAGUAUGUGGUUCGACUGUACUACUUUGAUCCUGUCUCGCGCCGGCGGUUUAGGUCCAAGCGAGAGGUGCAGUAUUUUUUGGAGACGGGAAGCGUGAAGAAGCAAAAAAAAGCAGAGAGCUCCGAUGCUAAUGCUAAUUCUGCAGAGGGAUCCAGUGCUAAGAAAAGCAAGACGCCUAAAAAGGAAGCUAGGGUAGCUUCUCAUUUGGACUUCAAUUUUUCCAAUGUGCCCGACAGUGUUGAAUGGAUCCUUGCUGAUGCGAAUAAAGGUACCUGGACACCGUCUGUGGCAGGUAAAAAGCCUCCUGAUUCCGAGAGGCAAAUCUGGGACGCUACCUUCAAGUAUUUGGCUGCUAGAACUGCAGAAUAUACAGCAAAAGGAAAGCAUCUGAAAUGAAACAUAGUCCCUCUCUCAGUAGCAGCUUUUGCUGUUCGGAUAUCUUCCACUUCAUUUUUCGAGCCCCUCCUCCAGAGUUUGUUUCGACUUGCUUGAUACUUCCGUCGGAGGCUGUAUUUUAGUGUAUGGUGAGGUCUUCCAUUCACCAAUGUACUAUAGAUUGUAUCCUCUUACCACUCCAGUAGUUCCUGCAAACGCAAGAAUAUAAGCCUGCAGAUGGUUUUAUUUUCUUGAUGCAGCUUUACUGAAACUAGAGACUGUGAUUAGGACGUUUUUUACAUUCAAAGUAAACCCAUGCUCCUCCAGCCGAGAGGCAUAUGUUGUAGUUGUAUCUGUAUUGGGGGAUUGUU